AUGAAGGUCAAUGCCAAGCUUGGUGGUACUACUGCUCAGGCUGUGCCCAAAGUUACUGAAGCGACUUUACGUCCUCGCUCUCACUCCCCUCUGGGUGUCUGGGCGCCUUCCACAGCGGCAAUGUCGGUUUGCAUGGACACUUUCAGUGGUCGCUACUGGGGAUCCUGCGAGACUAAUGGAGACCGCCUUGAGAUCAUUGCCACUUCUAAUAUUGAGUAUGGAGUGUCCACUGGAGAGUCUGAGAAGGUCCUUAAGGAAGAGGUCUUUGAUAUAAAGAAAAUCUUGAUGAAGCUGAGCAAUGAUUACUUCAAGGGAAAGUUCACUGUUGUCAUAGCAAAUAAAUGUCAUCACCUGCGUGCCUUCCCACACCCUGGAGACCGUAACUCUGCAGAUUACAAUGGCAACCCUCUUCCUGGCACCUUGAUCACUUGA